UCUUCUGAUGAGAUCCUAGAGGCUAUUAAUCAAGGAUCUUAUCAAUAUGCACAGUCGCAAUUAACCAAAAAACUAAAACAAUUUCCUACCAAAUCAUAUUAUUGGGCACUUCAAUACUACUACUUGUUUAGUACUGGAAAAUUUGAUGAAGCAUUGAAUAAAUCUGUCGAAUUAAAGUCUAAAGUACCUAGCGAUCCAAAUACUCUUAACGUCUUAUAUGAUUUAUUCAUUAAAUUAGGCAAAGCCAAUUACGCUAAUGAAAUUUUUGAAAAUGCUAUUAAAAAGUACCCAAAUCAAUCAAUCAUAUUAAAUUGGUUUAAAAAAAGUUUAGAAAACUUUGAUAUUAAAAACUUACAAAAAUCAUCUUUGCAACUUUCUAAAUUCAAUAAGUCGAAUGAAUUGUACAGCUCUUGGGCUUCCUUUGGUUAUUUUCUAUUAACAAACUUGCCCAACUUAUCCGACAAGGAAAAAACAUUAUAUCAAACAUUAUCAUUGAAACUAAUUGAUGAUUCCAAAGGUUUGAACAACCAACUUGCUUAUGUCAUGACCAAAGUUUACUCCCAGCAACUGAAGUUUGAAAAAAUUGUUGAGUUGAUCGAUGGGUUACCUGAAUCAGAAGUUGAUUUAGAUUUGACUAUUAUUUAUUGCAAGUCUUUAUAUAAUUUACAAAAUUGGACACUUUUGAAAGAAAAAUCAAGUAACCUCUUGUUUGUGGAUAACUUUAACGAUUUCGACACUUGGUGCUAUUAUAUUGAAUCUUGUAAUAACUUGUCAGUUCCUAAAAAAGAUGUUCAGUUUGAUACAAAUUCAAGAAACUCAUAUCUUGCCAAAAUUCAUCUUGAUACGGUUUACAAUGUUGAUUUAACUGAUUCAAUCACCCAGUACUAUAAUAAGUUCAAGUCAAAGCCUUGUUUAUUGAUUGACUUACAAAAAUACAUUAAUGAAUCUAACAAACAAGUUCUCAUUCCUUUAUUGGAUAUCGAAACAACCAAUGUCGAUGUUAUGGUUAAUGUAUACAAAUUGAAAAAAUACUACUCAUUAGAUUCUACCACUGAUUUGUCAACAGUAUACAAUCCUAAAGAUCCCCAAACUUUCGAUUUGGUUCUUGAGGAUCAAAUAGGUUCAAUUCCAACUUCGACGCCAAAUAAAAUUAUUGAAAAGAUUAUUAUACUUGAAUAUUUACAUUCUAAAGAUUCUCAAAAUUAUAAAAUCGAAUCUUGGUUGAUUAAUUUGUAUUCUUUGAUCAAUUGUUCAUCUCUUUCAUUAUACCAUUAUCAAAACUUGAAAAUCAAAAUGAUUCAACAUGAUACUUUAAGUUAUAAAAUCUUGCCUUCAUUACAUCCCUCAAUGUUGAACCAUUUAAUAGAAUUCUACAAAUUUUAUCUUACUGCAGAUUUAGAGGUUCAAGAUAACUUAUAUAAAGCUUUCGAACAAGGAAUUUUAAAUAAGUUACAAGAUUUUUUAAAUUUUGGAUCUAGAAUAUCAAAUUCAGCAUCAAAAUAUUUAAUCGUUUUAGAAAUAUUAAAAUUUUCAAGAAUUUCAUCAAGUGAUUAUUAUGGAUAUUUUAUCAAAUUAAUUAAAUCAUUGAAGAAUAACAUUCUCGCUGAAGAUUUCAAUUUAUCGGACAAUAGAGACUCUACCACUGAUAUUAAAUUCACAAACGGACUUGUAAAUUUCACAAAGGAAGAAAUUGGUCAAAUAUAUCCAAAUAUGAUUAAAAAUGAAGAAUACAUUAAAUUGAAUCUAUUAAAAGAAUUAAUUAUUAUUGAAAAUGAUUCUGAUCAAAUUAGUAAAUUAUUCAAAGGUUUCAAUAAGAUUUUGAGUGACUCAAAAAUUAAAAGCCAUUUAACCAAUUUUGAAAAUUGGUUAUUCAAAAUAUAUCUUACAUUUUUCAAAAUUUUCAAAUUAGAUGAUACAAAGGAGCAAGAAGUUUCAACUCUUAUUAAUUAUUUAUCAAAGAACUUAAAGAUAGAUAAGAUUAAGUCAUUAUAUUUCAAUAAUUUGAAUCAUUUUGAUUGGAAUUAUAAUCAUAUCUUGAUUAAUUUAUAUGAUUUU